AUGAUCAGAAUCAGAUCUAACCUAUCUCUUUUCUCUGUCCUUCUGUUACGCAUAAGGCAAAACCCAGUCAGUGUUAAUCACUGUGAUAUAGUUCUAAAGCCUCUUGUGAAUGAUUUUUACUAUUCGAGCAAUGACACUUUUUUACCUCCACCAAAAUUUGGUUUCUUAGUUAGGUUCUUUUCUACUGAAUCCUCAACCAAAAGCCUUGGAAUGUCCACUAAUGCUCCUGCAUUGGGAUUAUACGAGACCUUGAGUGACGAAGACGAUAAUUAUAAUGACAACGACAAAGACAAUGAUGAUUGUGAUAAGAAUAAUACUCAGUUACAUUUAAUGGACGAUGAUUUUGUUCAAGAUGUUAAGACCAUUAUGGAUAUAAUUCAAGAACCGGGUUUUGGACCGCAUGAAAUUAAGCACAAGCUUGAGUGUUGUAGUGUUAAGGCAUCAUCAGAGUUAGUUGUGGAGAUUCUUUCGAGAAUUCGAAAUGAUUGGGAAGCAGCUUUCACUUUUUUCUUGUGGGCCGGGAAGCAGCCAGAGUAUGCCCAUUCGGUUCGCGAAUACCAUUCAAUGAUAUCUGUCCUGGGUAAAAUGAGGAGGUUUGAUACUGCUUGGGCCUUAAUCGAAGAAAUGAGAGGAAAAAAAACUGGUAAAUCUAUUGUCACUUCACAAACUCUCUUGAUUAUGAUAAGGAAAUACUGUGCAGUUCAUGACGUUGGAAGGGCUAUAAACGCUUUCUAUGCUUUUAAACGGUUUAACAUUGAAGUUGGAUUGUAUGAAUUUCAAGGUCUUCUUUCUGCGCUUUGCCGAUACAAGAAUGUGCAAGACGCUGAGCACUUAUUGUUCUGCAACAAAAAUGUUUUCCCACCUGACACCAAAAGCUUUAACAUCAUUCUUAAUGGAUGGUGCAAUUUGAUAGUUAGCGCUCGCAAUGCAGAAAGGAUUUGGGAGGAAAUGAGUAAGAGAGGAAUCAAACAUGAUGUUGUCUCCUAUGCAAGUAUCAUAUCUUGCUAUUCAAAGUCUUCUAAACUAUAUAGGGUGCUCCAGCUGUUUGAACAAAUGAAGAAAAGGAAUAUUGCUCCGGAUAGAAAAGUUUAUAAUGCGGUCAUUUUUUCUCUUGCGAAGAAUAGGCUUGUGAAAGAAGCUAUAAAUCUUAUUGGAACAAUGGAAGACAACAAUGUUACUCCAGAUGCCAUUACUUACAACUCCCUGAUCAAACCUCUCUGCAAAAACCGCAAAAUUGAUGAAGCUAAAGAAAUUUUCGAUGAGAUGUUGAAGCGACGCAUAUCCCCGUCUAUUCGGACUUUUCAUGCUUUCUUCCGAAUAUUAAGAGUCAAAGAAGAAGUAUUUGAGCUUUUGGACAAAAUGAAAGAGCAUGGGUGUGACCGAACUAUUGAGACUUAUAUAAUGUUGAUAAGGAAGUUUUGCCGGUGGCGCCAGCUUGAUGAAGUCAAUAAGAUAUGGAAUGCAAUGAAGGAAGAUGGAAUCGGCCAUGAUCGUAGCUCAUAUAUUGUACUGAUUCAUGGCCUGUUUCUGAAUUGUAAGGUAGAGGAAGCAUACAAAUAUUAUAUAGAAAUGCAAGAGAAAGGUUUCCUUCCUGAACCAAAGACCGAAAAUAUGCUUCAGGCAUGGCUUUCGGGGAAACAAGUAACAGAGGGCCAGAUUAUAGAUUUAAAAGGCAAUCAGUUGGAACAUGGCAGUCUUAAAAAUAAUGUAAAACCUAUACCAAGUAAAUUUGAUAGGGAAAAGGAUUUUCUUCGUGAACCUGAGACCCGAAGCGUAACAAGAGAAGGAGGCUUUUCUUUCUGGGAGAAGUAG